AUGAAGCUUUUGACUGCGCUGGCCGUUUUGGCAACGGGGGUCAGUGCCCAAGGGCAGCCUGAAGAAGGUGGCAACAAUAAUGACUUUGAUGAAAUGGGAGGUAUGCCCUCGAAUACUGUCUCGGCGGAACCGUAUACCAUUACAGGAACUCCCUGCUCGGAAUCUUCCAUUGCCACGGACCCCAAGUGUACCAUUUGGAUGAUCAACACGGAUGCUGCCACUUCUGUCAAUAUUGAAAAUGAUGGUGCUCAGGUCGUCACCAAUGUGGAAGCCGUCACCGUACCGGAAGGCGACAACCCGACCUAUUUUACCGUCUACACGUCUGGUAUCCCCGAUUAUUCCGUCUUGGCCACGCAAGCUCUGGUGGAUACCCUCAAUGCUCGUCCCAUGGCGGCCACAGAUUUCGCCUCGGGGGCCACCAGUGUCAUGCCCGAUGAACAACCCAUUUCCUUUGGACAAGAUAUUGGCUAUGUCAGUCAAGGAUGCGACUUGGGAUACUGGCCACCGGGUCCUGUCUGUCCCAAUGAUGUCUACAAGGCCGUUCCAUUUCCCCUGACACCCACCCCGGAAGCUACGACGGAAGAAGAACAGUGUGACUUUGGAUUGGGCAUCAUUGGAUUGUUUGUCAAUGGCGUGUCCAUGUUUGAUUGGCGCGAUGGAUUCUCCUACAACGGUGAACGAGUUUGGAGCAAUAUCGCAAAUCAGUUCGAGCCCCUUGAUUUGGACGUUUGUGGUGGUCAUGCGGCCGGAGAAGAAUACCAUCAUCACGGGUAUUCCACCUGUUUGCAGGACGAACUGCAGGAUGAUGGUACCAAUGGACAUUCACCCAUUAUUGGAAUGAUGCCCGACGGGAACCUCAACUAUGGACUCUAUCAGGACACGGGUGUCAAGGCGCAGAGUUGUUGGAAAACGCGAGACUAUUCCAACCCCGAUGAUCCAUUGGGUUGUGGUGGAACGGGAAGUCGGACCUGUGUCAUGGUCGACAACACUGACCCGACACAAGGCACCAUGGACGCAUCCAGCCCGGGUCCCUCCGUGACGGAUGAAGUCGCGUCACUCUCGUCCAAUGUCUUUGUCGUGACGUCGGGAUUCUACUAUGAAGAUUACUACUUUGACCCGGAUUGUUAUGCGCAGGGAGGAGAAUAUUUGGAUGAGCACAAUGGACACAGUCACGGUGAUUACGGAUACCACUAUCAUGCCACCGAAGCCUUCCCCUACUUGGCCGGUCCGGACAGCUAUUACGGACAAGUCCUGUUGGACGAAUGGACUUGUGGAGACAUUCGGCCAGAAGGUGGCCCUCCCGGUGGUUCAGAUGGCGGCCCUCCCAAUGGUGGUCCACCCGAUGGUGGACCUCCCGAUGGCGGACCUCCAGAAGGUGGCGACGGUCCUCCUCCCGAUGGUACUCCUGCUCCCGCCCCGGCAGAGGAAGGUAGUGCUGCAGCCACUGAGGCUCCUGCCUCUGCUGCCACUACUGUUUUGCACAACUUUGCUCCCGUUGUCAUGAGCAUGCUGGUGGUUGCCCAUGUGAUUUGA